CAGGCUGUGUCAUGUACACGAUUAACUAGGCCUCACUCAGGCUGCGCCAGGCGCACGACUAACCAGGCCUCACUCAGGCUGCGCCAGGCGCACGACUAACCAGGCCUCAAUCAGGCUGCGCCAGGCGCACUAUUAGCUAGGCCUCAGGCUGGGUCAGGCGCUCGAUCUAGCUAGGCCUCACUCAGGCUGCGCAAGGAACACACACGAGCACACAUCACCACACCAUCACACACACACGAGUGUACACCAUCACACCAUCACACACACAGUGCACACCACCACACUAUCACACAUACAGAGUGCACACCCCCACACUAUCACACACACAGAGUGUACAUCACCACACCAUCACACACACAGAGUGCACAUCACCACACCAUCACACACGAACGCAGAAGUCCCUUUCGUCACGGCAAAUCUCACACGGCUCACAACAAGCGCGGUGACAGUGGUGGUACCUAUGAAUACAGCAGUGCAUACUAACUGUGGUGGUACCUGCUAUGAUUACAGAAGUGCAUACUGCCUGUGGUGGUACCUGCUAUGAUUACAGCAGUCCAUGCUGACUGUGGUGGUAUCCUGCUUUGACUACAGCAGUGCAACAGCAGCGAGUCAGACGACGCCAAGCUAUACCGCAAAUUCGAGAUGCUACUCGACCUCGUUUGGCUAGCGCUGUCGGUCUGCUUCAGCGCUGGAGGAGAAGGAGGAGGAGUAGGAGCUGUUGAGAACCACUGCAACAGCUGCCCAUGUGAGCUGCCCCCAACUAAGGGCAGCCCCAUGGAGGUUACGGGGGCGACGGCCGUGAGGGUCGCGGUGACCGUGGGCUUCGCCGUAUCCUGGACAUUGAUCCUCGUCCUUCUUCGCAGGAGCAGUGGCUACGAACGGGAGAACGUGGCGCUCCGUACUAAAGUCAAGGCGCAGCGUCGCCUGCUCCGGGCGGAGGAGGCCAGGAAGGCCGACCUGGGGGGCCUCUUUUCGCAGCUGCGCAAAACCCAAGCUCAGCUGACAGCCCUCGUGUCUGGCAUCGGCAAUUUCAACGUCGGGGCCGACGAUGCUGACGGCGUUGCCACUGGUAGCAUCUCCGCCGCCGCUGUCGGAGCCACCGCCACCACCGAUGGCAACACCGCCAUCCCAGCCGGCGCCGCCGCCACUGCCGCCGACAGCAUCACCACUGCCGCCGAAGGCUCCACCGCCAAAGCUGGACACAUGACGGUCGAUACACCCGUCACAUCGCACCAUUCCUCGACCGCUGCCGCCGUCGAUGAAACCGCCACAGCUGCCGCCACCAAUCCAAAACUUGUCAUAAGACAGCCUCGGUUGGCUGCUGCUGGGGAAAUAGUCACCGGCAUUGACACCCCAACCGCCGCCGUGCCGAGAUUUGUGAUAAAACGGCCUCGGUCAGCUGCCGCUACCGGGAAAUCAUCCACCGGCAUCGCCACACCGGCUGCCCCUGGCAGAUCGGCCACUGCUGAUGCCACCGCCGCCACCACCACCACAACCACCACCUCUGCCCGUGGCAAAGCCACCAGGGCCGAUAGAUUUCGAAAAUUCUACCGGAACUUUCACUGGUGGGCCACCGCCCGCAAGUCCACCAUGGCAACUCCAGACGAUAACUGA